CAAGUAAUGAAGUGUGUUGUUAUGGCAGUGAUAAAAUACUCAUGUUUUUUUGUCUGAUUUCAGACAGUAUCAUUUCACCUGCAUCAAUGUAUGCGGAACUGACUGACAGUGCGCUGGAUGAACAUGUGCAGGACAUUGUCGCUGGCAAUGAACAAAUUGGUCCUGAGGCUGUCAGAGCCUCCCUGCGAGUACGUGGACUACGUGUACAGCGAAGGAGGGUUCGAGCAAGCAUGCUACGGAUAAAUCCUGGAGCAGCUGCCCUUAGAGCAUUCUUGCGGAGACCAGAACGGAGAACAUAUCAGGUUGCAGGUCCAAACUCAUUGUGGCACAUUGAUAGAAAUCAAAAGCUGAUAAGGUGGAGGAUAGUCAUUCAUGGGGCUAUUGAUGGAUACAGUCAUCUUGUGGUCUUCCUUCAUGCCUCAAACAACAACCGUAGCAGUACCGUUUUGUCAAGUUUCAUCAGAGCCGUGGUAUCCUAUGGUGUACCCUCGAGGGUCCGGACAGACAGAGGAGGGGAAAACAAUGCUGUCUGCCUGAUGAUGAACAUUUUCAGAGGCUUUGAUCGUGGAAGUGCCCUAAGAGGAAGGAGUACCCAUAAUCAGAGAAUUGAGAGGCUCUGGGGUGAUCUGUGGCGAGGAAUGACCAAUGUGUACUGUGAUUUAUUUCACCACCUGGAGGAGGAAGGCAUCAUUGACAUUGACAAUGAAAUGCACAUUUGGGCUCUCCAUUACAUCUAUCUCCCAAGGAUCAACAGAGAUUUGAAAGACUUCACUCAACAGUGGAACAAUCAUGGCUUGAGGACAGAGAGACACUUGAGCCCAUUACAGAUUUUUGUCCGAGGCAGCCUCCAGCAACAGGGCCGAGCCUCAACUGCCAUGCAGGACAUCUUUCAGACCAGAGCAGCUGCUGUUGAUGGGACUGUUGGUGGGACAGCUGAUGGUAGUGUGACAGCCACUGGGAGUGAGAUCACUGCUGCUCAGGGCUUAAGUACUGAUUCUGGUGGUGCUCAUGGUACAGAUGAGCUGGGAUUGCUGGUCGACUGGCCUGAGAUGAUUACUGUGCCAGACAUUGAAUUUACUCUGGACGGACCGAUGAUGGAGCAAGUGGUAGAACUAUUUAAUCCACUAAGUGGCACCAGAGAGAGUCAUGGUAUUGAACUCAUCACUGGCUUAAUAUACUUUCUGGACUCCACAUAUCACUGA